CAAAUUAUCACUGCUGGCUGUCUGUGCUUUCACAUUUCACUCGCAUCUCAAGUCGGGUUUACUGAUUGUCCUUGCGGCUCAGAACAUUAAGACACUUCAAAAGGAAGCUUCACUGUCGUAGAAAGGCCAGACUGCGUAGAGGCGUGAGGAAAAAGUGUUCCAGUUUCCCGUCUGUCAUGUUCUCCUUUUCAAGCCCGACUUUACUCCUCCUGAGUCUCUUCCUGUCUCUGUCGUCCUCCCCUGCUCUCUCCUGUCGUAUCGGGAGCUACAGAAAAUGUGUCAAAGCUUCCUUUGUACCAGGUCACAAUCUGGUCGGAGAAGGCUUUGACGUGGUCACCCUCCAGCGUACAGGAGCCUACAUGAUUGAUGUGAAGAACUACCUGACCCCUAAGGGCACCUGUACUCUCUGCACCAACUCUUUGCAAGGCAACAAGCUGCAGAAACUUCCAGUCUCUGCAGUGGACUGGCGGGCAUUCAGCCAAUGUACAGCUGACCUUCAAAACAGUCAACACACCUCUGUCAGCUCCCUGGUUAACGAUUACAUCUCUCAGGACAGUAAGGACUGGAAGUUUGGCCUAAAUUUGGAUAAGUUUGUGUCUGCCGGUCUGGAUGUGGGAGGAACUCGCUCUUCUGCGUAUAACUUUGCUUCAAAAAGGUCAAGAGAGGACCAUUAUUCCUUCAGCACCCACAGGAUCUCCUGCAUCCAUUAUCGUUACCGUGUGUCAAACAGGCCGCAACUCAGCUCCCAGUUCAGAAAGGAUUUGGCCAGACUGCCAAGUUUUUACAACUCCUCCACAAAGGCUCAGUACAAUGAACUCAUAAAUACCUAUGGCACACACUACAUCCGCCAGGUUUUCCUUGGGGGACAACUCAGGCGAGUUACAGCUGCACGCAUCUGUUUGUCCUCCCUGAACGGGUUCUCCACACAAAAGGUCCACUCCUGCUUAUCACUAGGUGUCUCUUUAGGUCUGGGCAAGUUGAAACUAUCUAGUGAAUAUGACUCUUGCUCCGGGAUCUUACAGAACACAGACAUCACGGCCUCUUUCAGCUCGGGCCUCCACCAACACUACACAGAAGUGGUAGGAGGGACUGGUUGGGUGGGGGAGUUUUUGAUCGCUCAAAAUGACUCCCUUGGCUACACAAAGUGGCUGAACACCCUGAAGGACCAGCCUGAUAUUGUUAAAUAUUACCUGAGACCAAUGUAUAUGCUUGUGCCAAAUGCGGCACUGAAGGCAGGGUUGAAGGUGGCCAUUGAGCAGUACUUAGAAGACAAUGCAGUGAAAAAAUCUCCCAAAGAAUCAGACUGUGGGGCCAUGAUCUCAAACUGCUGUCCAAAGAAGUUAUGGGUGGGAACGCUGGAGGUGACCGUCAUCAGAGCCUGGGGCCUUAAAGCAGACUUUUGGGGAGCGGACAAGACUGAGGGCUAUGUUAAGGUGUGGUAUGGUUCACACUAUCGCCAGACUCAUAUGGUAAAAUCAAACGAUCCCUGGUGGAAUGCCUAUUAUAAUUUUGGCAAGGUGGACACAAACUCAAAUUUCUAUUUCGAGAUCUGGGAUGUGGAUUGGCCGAAUCAUGAAUUGCUUGGAAAAUGUUGGAGAAACCUGAGCCAAGGGACACACAUAUUCAACUGUCCAAUACAUGAGGGCACCUUUCAGAUUAAGUUCACUCUGACCUGUGACACUCAUCUGACUGGAGACAGGUGUGAACAAUACAAACCAUCUACAGAGUGAGAAAUAUAUGGGCUCACUAUAUAUACGGAAACUGCUUGUUUUUCUUUAAAACCAUAUUGAAUCACAUAACCAAAUAAAUAAAUGUCUUUAGAUAGCUCAGCAAUAAAAUGAUUUCAAUGCAAUUUUAAUUCAAACAAAAUUCAGUAUUAUCUGACAUUUUCAACAAACUCAUCUCUCAUUUAAAAAUUAAUUUAACAAUUUAAAACUAUACAUUUAGACGGCAGACUAUUUCUAGUCAUAGCACAUCAUUGAGUUAUGAAAGAAACAAGUUGAGACAAAGUCAGUGUGAUUUCAGCUAGCAGCCUUUGAAAUCUGCAAAGAGUAUUGGAGAAACAUUGAUUUAUAUCAAUAAGAACCCUCUGCAGGUGAUAUAAAUAUCUGCAAAACCCCCUGAUAAAGAUUUGUGAAAGAUACGAAGGAGGAUUAGGCCACGUUAAAGAAAACAAUUUUUAAAAUCAAAUUUACGAGAUUAAUCUCGUAAAUUUGAUUUGUAUACGAGUUUUAAGUCGUAAAUUUGAUUUGUAUACGAGUUUAAAGUCAUAAAUUUGAUUUGUUUAUGGGUUUAAAGUUGUAAAUUUACGAGAAUAAAUAUGUAAAUUUUCUA